GAAGAAGUUGAAAAAAGGCGAAGUCAGACAGAAAGAUAAACCCAAAGACCAAGUUGAGCUCAUCAUCAUGCCAAGUUAUUGCCUCAUCAUAGGCUUGUGUCUCCUUGGACUAGCGGUGGCCAAGUCGGCGGAGGGAGAUCGAGACCACUGGGUCUGGCGUUCCUACAAUCGCAGGGAGCGCUCUUUCCGAGACAUCGAUCGGAGUUCACCCAUCAGGAAUUCGUAUGACAACAAGAUAAGACGCGAGCCCACCACCCGUCGACCUCUACCAGGAGAGCCGGAAAACGAUGAGAUCGAGGAUUAUGCGGAUGUGGAGCCCACCAGGUCAGCGGAUAGUCCCACUGUGGGCACACGUCAGUUCAAUCCCUAUGGCGGUCAGGCCAAUGCCGGCCAGUUUGGAGGAAUUGGUGGAGGCUACGGCGGUAGUCCGGGAGUGUUAGUGGGACCAGGUGGACCAACAGGAAUCAUUGGAAGACCUCCGCUAUACCCUAGUCCUUAUCAGCCGGGCUAUGGCGGUUUUACUGGAGCUCAGAACGGCAUUGGAGGUUAUCCUGGAGGAUAUGGAGGAGUGGGACAAACGCUUCCCGGUGCUGGCUUUCCAGGAACGACUGGAGGAACAGGUUUCAACGGCUAUCCCGGCAACGGACUGGGCCUGACUCAAUUCCCCGGCACUGGACAGUACCCAUAUGGAUCCUAUCCUGGCGGCGACUUCAACGGAAAUCAGUUUGCGGCUCCAGGUGGACAAUUCCCCGGACUGGGACAAUAUCCCAGCAAUCCUCAAUUCGGAGGACCACAGUACACUGAGGGUUACGGCUUGGCUGGAGGUUCAGGACUAGGACAACUGGGACUUGGUGGAAACGGAGGCUUCGGCUAUGGCGGAAAUUUCCCACCAGUCGGAGGAGGAUUUGGCUACGAUGAGAAAUCACCGGCGGUGGCCGAGGGCAAGAGUGCCAAGAAUGUGGCAGCAUCACCCAGAACGGUGAACGAUAAGAUCACCAAGAAGGUCUAAGAUUACGAUCUAAAAAUUGGGAGUACAACGCUUUGGUUUAAUGGA